UACUUUAUGUAUAUACCAUUUUUAGCCUUACCUGUGUGUGUUGAUUAAUGAUAAUGAAUCAUAUGUUCCUUGUACUCAACAACCAAUCAUAGCUGCUUUGCUUUGACAUCAUUUUAAUGAGAUGCGGCACAACACAGCACAACUUGCUUCUAGGCAAGCACCUUCCUUUAUGCAGUUUGUUGCAUCAUACUCACGCCUCCUCUAUUAUUACAUACCCCUUCUUCACUUGGCUCAUAAGAGAAGAGAGGGCGGAGGGGUCAUGUCAUAUAGCGUCGCGUGCUAAGGCACACCACAUUGCAUACUUUGUUGACACGUUAGCUCAUCAUUUAAAAAAUCCCGCGUCACGAGACUUGUGCCUCUGACUAUUCCAUCAGCAUCUGUUACAAUAUCAACGGCCAUGAUGAGUUUUAACAUAUUUUUAGCUAAAAUAAGGAAUCAUAUUCUAUCCUGUUUUAACAAUCCCAAAAUGAAACGCUAAUAAAACAAGAAUAUCGUGCGUCUGGGAGCGCUUUAUCCUUGAUCAACGGUUCAAAUCAGACGGUUUCGCGUAUUCGACGGUUUAGAUUAAAAGCUCUGAUUAAGAUAAUAAAACAACAUUUACAAGGGAAGCUGAGCUGGGCCCUGUGGGUCUUAUGGAGGUGACAGGUUGCCCUCAAGCCCCCACCCCCCACUCACCUUCUCUCUCGCUCAGCGUUCUAUUCUAUAUAUUCACCUCUGUUGUGGCAUUCUCCUUCAUUCUCUCUUCGGUUUUCUCGUCUUCGACAAUCUACCUGUAAACAUGGGAAUCAACUUGAAACCACUGGCAUUUUCUCUGUUUCUGCCCGCCCUGCUGUUUUCCUUGGUGUACUCAGUGCCCAAUGAUGGGUUGGUUAGAAUUGGCUUGAAAAAGAUUAAAUUGGAUCAAAACAGCAGAAUUGCAGCCCAGCUUGAGUCAAAAGAGGCAUCGAGGGCUUCUGUGAGGAAGUAUGGUCUUCGGGGUAAUUUGGGAGACUCUGAGGAUCUUGAUAUUGUUGCAUUGAAGAAUUACAUGGAUGCUCAGUAUUAUGGUGAGAUUGACGUUGGUACUCCUCCUCAGAAAUUCACUGUUAUCUUUGACACCGGUAGCUCCAAUUUGUGGGUGCCGUCGUCCAAAUGUUUUUUAUCUAUUGCUUGUUACUUUCACUCCAAGUACAAGUCAAGCCAAUCAAGUACCUACAGGCAGAAUGGGAAAUCUGCUGAAAUUCAGUAUGGUAGCGGAGCUAUUUCAGGUUUCUUUAGUUAUGACAAUGUCAGAGUGGGUAACCUGGUUGUAAAAGAUCAGGAAUUUAUUGAGGCAACUUCGGAGCCUGGUGUCACAUUUUUGGCAGCCAAAUUUGAUGGUAUACUUGGACUUGGGUUUCGAGAAAUUUCUGUUGGAAAUGCUGUGCCAGUCUGGUACAACAUGAUUAAACAAGGCCUUAUCAAGGAACCGGUGUUUUCCUUUUGGCUUAACCGCAAUACAGAGGAAGAAGAAGGAGGUGAAAUUGUAUUUGGUGGUGUGGACCCAAAUCAUUACAAGGGCAAGCAUACAUAUGUUCCUGUAACACAAAAAGGCUAUUGGCAGUUUGAAAUGGGUGAUAUCCUUAUUGGUGACAAACCAACUGGGUAUUGUGCUGGAAGUUGCUCGGCAAUUGCGGACUCUGGAACUUCCUUGUUGGCAGGUCCAACGACUGUGGUUACCAUGAUAAAUCAAGCUAUUGGUGCUACUGGAGUUGUUAGCCAGGAGUGCAAAGCUGUUGUUGCUCAAUAUGGACAAACCAUAAUGGAUUUGCUUCUCAUGGAGGUUCAGCCAAAGAAAAUCUGCUCACAAGUUGGAUUGUGCACAUUUGAUGGGACACAUGGUGUUAGCAUGGGCAUUCAGAGUGUGGUUGAUGAGAGAAAUGAUAAGUCAUCUGGUAUUGCUCGUGAUGCUAUGUGCUCUGCCUGUGAGAUGACAGUUGUUUGGAUGCAGAACCAGCUGAGGCAGAAUCAGACGCAAGAUCGUAUACUGAACUAUGUCAAUGAGCUCUGUGAUCGAAUUCCAAGCCCACUGGGGCAGUCAGCUGUGGACUGCGGAAGUCUCUCUUCAAUGCCUAUUAUUUCCUUCACAAUAGCAGGAAAGCUUUUUGAACUCACCCCAGAGGAGUACAUUCUCAAGGUGGGCGAGGGUUCGGCAGCUCAGUGCAUUAGCGGGUUUACUGGUUUGGAUGUGCCUCCUCCUCGUGGACCUCUUUGGAUCUUGGGAGAUAUUUUCAUGGGUCGCUACCACACUGUGUUCGAUUUUGGCAAUAACAGAGUUGGAUUUGCAGAAGCAGCGUAGAGGUUUCCCUUCCACACAAUUCCGACUCCUGUGUACUACCAGCAUAUGUAAUAUAUGUGCCUUUCAAAAAUGGUGUAGUUCCUGGAAACUUUAUAGUGGUGUUGGGCCUGGCGUAAGAGGCGAAUGUUUGCUUGUAAAUAUUUUUUAUGUCUUGUGUGGAUAAGCGGAUUUUAGUUCAAGAAAAUGAUGCGCUUCACCUCUUGGUUAUGGGUAAUUUAUCUACUGAGCUUAAAUUGUGAGCAGGUGACGACUAAGUUGGGUCUCUACUGUGUAGAAUAUGUAGAAAUCUCCAACCAUAAUCCAUCCUUCUAGAGAUGAGUGAUGUGGACAGUUCCAGCUGUGUCGUUAGCUUAGCUUUUAAUAUCUUUCAAAUGUGAAAUUUCUUGUCAGUUACUGUUGGAGAAUUUAUAAUUAUAUAAAUAAUUUGAUUCACCAAAUA